AUGGGUAUCUGGGAGACCGUCACGGAGCUCUUCGAUGCGGCUAUGCCGUGGAGCGAGGCUGAGGCCGAGGCUCCCGCCGAGGAACCCCAGACUCAGGUAGAGGAGGCCGCCGAGGAGGCUGAGGAGGAGGCCGAGGCUGAGGAAGAAGAGGAGGAGGAGGAAGAAGAGGAAGAGGAGGAGGAGGAGCUAGUUGACCCCAAGGAGGAGCUUGAGAACGAGUGCAAGGAGUCCGCGGCCUGCGCUCCCGCCAAGCACCACUUCGAUGAGUGCGUCGAGCGCGUCACUGCCGCCAUCGACGAGAACGGCAAGGCUGACGAGGACUGCGUUGAAGAGUUCUUCCACCUUGCUCACUGCGCCAGCGAAUGCGCGGCCCCCAAGCUCUGGGCCAAGCUCAAGUAA